AUGACUAGAGAUAGUUAUGGAAUGGAUGUUGAACUCAUAAACUUCCUCAAUCACUAUAAAAUGCCAAUAGACACACAUAACCAUACUACAAGACAUGAGGCAUUUUGUCAAACACCAAGAGUGCAUCUUUUACCACUAAAACACAAAAACACAACAGAAAUUAAGAAACCGAAAUUAAACAUCUCUGUUAGAAUUUUCAUACUGUAUAACCAUGGUGGCUUCGGUGGUGGACGAAAAAUUCCGGGCAACGGAGUUGUAGGAGCAGCUACCGGAGAGAGAGAUACAUCCACCAUUGUCACGUUUGAGAUGUGCAGAAAACCCACAACUAACUUGUCAUUUCUUCGUGAUGGUGGCUCCGGAGGCGGACACAAAAGAAGAAAAGGAAAUUUGACGGUUGGUAGUGGUGGAGAGAGGGAGAUUCCGUUGAGAAGCUUAGUUAUGGUGAGGACAUGA